AUGACGAAUCUCAAAAAGGCACCCGCAUGCCUUGAUCUCUGCGUAGUCACGGAUGACUUCGAAGCGGCCGCAAAAGAAACCCUCUCCGAAAAAUCAUGGAUCUACGCAUCAAGCAGCGCAUCAUCAGGAUUAUCACACCAAUUUAACCUAGACGACUGGUCACGGAUCAACUUCCGACCCCGAAUCAUGAAAAAAGUCAACACACUAGACACAUCGCGAAACGUUCUAGGCAAAAAAUCAAAACUCCCAUUUUUCAUAACCGCCAUGGGAACACUAGGCAGUGCACACCCCGGCGCAGAACCAGCACUCGUCCAAGGAGCAACAUGCAAAGGAAUAAAUGCCGUAAUUAGCACGGCAACAUCCAAAUCUCCAGAGAGCAUCAUGGAAGCACACCUGUCCGAACAAAAAAAAAUGAACAAUCGCAGUCCAACAAGACUAGAUUUCCAAUUAUACGUUCCAACCGACCGAACAAAAGCUAAGGCAUUGAUACAACGAAUCAAAGUCGCCGGAUACCACAGUUUAUGGAUAACCGUCGACUCAUCAACACAGGGUAAACGGACCGCAGACCGAUACCUUCAAGCGCAAGAGAAACUAGACGAAGGAGGCGAAGUGGUUCGAGAAGCAGCCGCAGACAACGACUUUGGACCUGCAUUUGGUGGCCGGCCAACGGCGGGAUACUUGCAUCCCGGUCUCACGUGGGAGGAUAUUGCGUGGAUAUCGGAAGAAUGGGGCGGGCCGAUUGUUCUGAAGGGAAUCCAGUCAGUUGAGGAUGUCAAGUUGGCAGUUCAAUAUGGUGUACAGGGAGUUCUACUGAGUAAUCAUGGCGGUCGACAGAUUCAUUCGGCCCCAAGUGCACUGAUGACGCUUUUGGAGAUUCGGAGUUACUAUCCCGAGGCAUUUGAGAAGCUAGAGGUUUUUGUGGAUGGUGGGCUUCGAGAUGGAGCAGAUGUACUUAAGGCGUUGUGCCUUGGGGCUACGGCUGUGGGAGUUGGGAGACCGUAUUUCUAUGCUCUAGCUGCGUAUGGUACCGACGGCGUAGAGAAGUGUACCGAUAGUAAGUGCCGAUGUCUUCGUUACAUACAGGUUCAGAGAAGAAUGCUAACUGUCUUUGAAGUUCUCACAGAAGAACUCGAGAUUUGCAUGAAGAUGCUUGGAGUUUCUUCGCUUGACCAGCUUCAUCCAGGCUUGGUAAAUGCGAGCCGACUGUUGAAUGAGAUGUGGCGACCUGACAGCUUCAGUCCAAGCGGUUUAAAAGCAAAGCUCUAA